GCAAACAUUUAUAUUGCGGAAAAAUAUAGUCGAUGCGGGAUAAAUUGUGGUCGCAAUGGCAAUGCAGAUACUUCAAAAUCCGCAAUAACGGCUGCAGACCGCAAUUUAAAGCUAUAUUACAACCUAAAUAUUUUCAUCACAUUCAAAGUUCAAGCAACUAAUCCUAUUCCUACACAUUGCUGAAAAUGAAAAAGAAUAUCAAAAGCAAUAAAAAAAAUUGUAGCUCAGUGAAAACAAAGUAGCAUCAUCAACAAUCAGAAACUUUUCCAAUUCUAACCUGUAAGGAGAAUCGCAGCCGAAUGAAACGAGAAUCACGAUUUCAGCAGAAGAAGCAGCGGUUUAGGGUUUUUAAUUUGCUAAAAGAAAGAUUUGAUUUGGGAAUUUUUUGGGUUAGGGUUCUUCGUUUUAGGUUUCUAUCAAACAAAUAAUCCGGAAACUUUUCAAAUUGAGAAUGAGUGCAAGUAGUUUGGUAGCAGAUAAAGUUUGGAAGCAAAUUGAAUCUACACACACAGUGAAUGAUGAUCAACUUUAUAUUUUACAUUUCUUAUUUGGUAAGAACUUUGAAGGAGCUACUAGAAUUGUGGAUCAAAGAGGUGUUAAGAGGAUUUCUGGUUAUCCCAGCGGAAGGUUUAUCUUUCAGGUUACAGGGGAGUCCAGGAAAAAAGACCAGUAUCUAUGUUUUGCUGAAAACUUUUGCGCUUGUUAUUCUUUCUUCUAUGAUGUUGUCAACAGAGGGGAACAACUUUGUUGUAAACAUCAAUUAGCAGCAAGACUUGCUGCAUCGUUGGGAUCGUAUGUCGAAGUUAAGGUGUCUGAUGAGGAGCUAGCUUUGUUGCUGUCCAAAAUAUAGCUAUUGCAUUUGUGAAACACAAAUUAUUUUUGAUAUAGAAUUUAAUGGGGCAAGGAAAAUCUCGUUGGACAUGGUAACUGUGAUGAUCUCGAGAGCUCAAGAGCUUGUAUGGUAUGACUUUUUCUUCGAAAAGAACACUUUAUUAUCGCAAAAUAGCGUGAUUAGAUUGGCUCUUGAAAAGAAACGAAAAGCUGAAGUACCAAAAGCCAUUAGAUAAACUUUUCCUGUUAAUUGUUGAUGUGAAAACUUGUAUAGUGACUUCUCUUAAGUCCAUGAUUUGUAAUGCUUUAUGCCUGUAUAGAAUUUUAAUUUCUCAACCAUUAAUGGUUAUAUACUUCCUACAUUAUAUUCAUAAUUAACUUUAACAUUUGCACGUA